CUACUGUAUUCUCACUCCAGCCACAAUGAGAUCCACCGCCGUCCGUCUAGUCAGCCACAUCCCCCGCCCUCAAUCCUACAUCGUAGCAUCCAAACGUACGCCCUUUGGCGCUUUCGGCGGCAAGUUGAAAGAGUUCAAAGCCUCGGAGCUGGGUGGGAUUGCAGGUAAAGCUGCGCUGGCCGAGCUGCCUUCUGAAGUCCAGGUCGACCAAGUCUUCUUCGGUAACGUCACGCAGACAGACAACUCUACACCAUACCUCGCGCGCCACGUCGGGCAUCUCUCGGGUCUCGGCCCCACUGUACCAGCCCUUACGGUCAACAGACUCUGUGGAUCAGGGUUCCAAACAGCCAUCAACGCCGUCCAAACCAUCUCUCUCGGCGAAGCGGACGUCUGCCUUACGGGCGGUACGGAAGCUAUGAGUAUGAGUCCUUACACCCUUAGUGGUCUCACUAGAUAUGGAACGCGAUAUGGCGUCAAUCUCGUACAAGAAGAUUCGUUGGCGGCUGCUUUGACUGAUCAGAACCCUGGGGGCGAAAAGACGCCUAUGGGCAUGACGGCUGAGAACCUCGCCAAGAAGUACAACAUCACCCGAGAUGAAUGCGACUCAUACGCCCUCAUGUCCCAGACCCGCUACGCCGAAGCCCUCUCCUCCGGCGCCUUCUCCUCCGAACUCACCUCCAUCCCCCUCAAACCCCUCAAAUCCAUCCCCCAAUCCAUCUCUUCCGACGAGCAUCCCCGCCCCCAGACCACCCUCUCCUCCCUCUCCAAGCUCCCCUCCGUGUUCAUCCCCAAGACAGGGGUCGUCACUGCGGGCAAUGCAUCAGGGAUAUGUGAUGGUGCAGCAGCGAAUGUGGUCAUGAGUGAGAACGCUGUAAAGAAGUGGGGGGUGGAACCGUUGGUUAGGGUGGCGGGGUAUGCGUGGAGUGCUUGUGAGCCGGAGAUUAUGGGUAUUGGGCCGGUCGUUUCGGUGAGGGAGGCGCUGAAGAAGGCGGGGAAGGGGUUGGGUGAUAUGGACAUUAUCGAAGUCAACGAAGCAUUCGCAGCCCAAUGGCUCGCCGUCCAAAAAGAACUCGAACUCCCCACAGAGAAAACAAACAUGUUUGGCGGCGCCAUCGCCCUCGGCCACCCGCUCGCUGCCUCCGGCGCGCGCAUUCUGGCGAAUCUGAGCCAUAAUUUGCAUAGGAUGGAUAAGAAAUGGGCGUUGGGGGCGGCUUGUAUUGGGGGUGGGCAGGGGAUUGCUGUUGUUUUGGAGAGGUGUUGA